AUGAUUCCAAAUCCAUCCCAACUAGCGAGCUCUGGCUCUCAGCCUAGACGCUACCACCAAAACGAACCUCGCGCCCCGUAUGACUCCAGGUACCAACACCCCAUCAAUGAAAACCCCCGUGGCUGUACUAGGGCAGGCCUGACUAAUAUGUACAGAGGGUUUACUAUGCAAAGUCACCGCCCCAAGCCCAAGGGCGCCACGCCCAUUCAGAUGAACUCUAGCUUGGAUUGGUCGAAUGCCAACCGUGCAUACAACAGUCCAUUUAUCCUAGUUUCCAAUUCGACCGUGUUCAACGGUGUUCCGACCGUACCGUCUUUUCUUCCCAACUCUGCUUUGGGCCAAGCCGAUCAGACGGGACAAUACUCAUACCUCCCAACUGGUGUUUGGCCUAGUCCCAUGGUUACUGGCGCGUACUCAUCAUGGCCUUAUAUGGCCAAUUACGACAUGCAGCAUGGGACUAAGCAGCCCGCAUGGGAUGUGCCUGAGGACAACAAGGAAGCAAAUGGAGAGGAUAACGCUCAAGUCCAGUAUUAUCCUUCGAACCUGUCCCAUGGCAUCGAUGGCAGUGCCAUGUCUAAUUACCCCUAUGAAGGCAUGGUUCCUCCACAGCUCUGCCACAUGCCCCUUCCCCUCCAAAUGAUGAAAACCCAUAAUGGAUACGUCGUGCAAGAUCUUGAGGCACUGACCCAACAAGACCCUGCUAUUCCACGCGCGGUGCCUGCCAUGUGGACUAACCCGUCUGAGCUGACGCUUGCUAAGUGUCUGGAGAAUCGUGAGGGCAUUAGGAAUGUUUACAUCCGAGGAUUCCUUCCGGAAACUACUGAUGAGGUGCUGCACGCCUACGCAGCCCGUUUCGGAAAGAUUGAUCGCUGCAAAGCGAUCGUAGACCUGGACACCGGUCUCUGCAAAGGGUAUGAGUCCCCGACUCUUUUCCUUUGA